CUCACAGAGCUGUGAUGUCCUCACAGGAAGAGAAGUGCGCCCCCUGCUGGACAUGAAGAGGCGGCGGCUCCAGAAGAAAUACAUGAUUUUAAUCCUCGCCUAUUCGGGAUUCCUCCUGCUGAUCCCGUACGCGUUGGACUACCGGGACAAAUCGGAGAAGUAUGGCAGGGACGGGGCGGCGCAGCAGCAGUCCCGGUGCCCGGAGCUGGAGAACACGGUGGCGCUGCUGUGGGACGGCAGCAAGAAUAACGGCACCGACGCCGCCUACUACUCCGCUAACCGGAGCCAGGCGCGGGUCCACAUCUACCUGCACGCCACGUGGAGGACGGGCUCCUCCUUCCUGGGAGAGCUGUUCAAUCAGCACCCGGACGUGUUCUACCUGUACGAGCCCAUGUGGCACAUCUGGCAGGCUCUGUACCCGGGGGACGCGGGCAGCCUGCAGGGCGCCGUGCGCGACAUGAUGAGCGCGCUGUACCGCUGCGACUUCUCCGUCCUCAAACUUUACGCCGGUUCGCAGAACGUCACCACCGCCUUCAUAUUCGGCUGGAAAAUGAACAAGGUUAUCUGCUCGGAGCCGCUGUGCGACGCGCACAAGCGGCACGAGAUCGGACUGGUGAAGGAGGACCUGUGCGCAAAGUGCCAGAAGAGGGACAUCCGGGAGCUGGAGAGGGAGUGCAAGAAGUAUCCGGUGAUGGUGAUCAAAGGAGUGCGCAUCCUGGCCCUAAGCACGCUGGUGCCUCUGAUGAAGGAUCCAGCGGUGAACCUGCAGAUCGUUCAGCUCUUCAGAGACCCGCGAGCCGUGCACAACUCGCGCCUGAAGUCCAAGCAGGCGCUGGUGAAGGAGAGCAUCCAGGUGCUGCGCAGUAAGAAGCAGAGCGACAAGUACAAGCGCCUCCUGGUGCCGAGCAACAGGGUGCACCGCGCCGAGAGCUACGUCUCCAGCGCCAUGGAGCUCAUCUGCGACAACUGGCUCAGCGACAUGAUGCUGGUCAUGAACGCGCCCCCCUGGCUCAAGAGGAGCUACCUCCGCGUGCGCUACGAGGACCUGGUCCUGCACCCCCUGGCAGAGCUCCAGAGGCUGCACCGCUUCGCCAACCUGUCCAACUACCCGGCUCUGGAGAGGUUUGCGCUCAACAUGACGCACGGCCGAGGCUACUCCUCAGACAAGCCCUUCCUCAUAUCAUCCAGGGACGCCAAGGAGGCCAUCUACGCGUGGAGAGAGCGGCUCAGCGUGGAGCAGAUCAGCCAGGUGGAGGCCUACUGCAGCGAGGUGAUGAGGCAGCUGGGAUAUCCCAAAAACAGCCAGGACAAAACUCCAUGAGCGAGAGGCCUGGUGCUCCUAGUUGACGGUGAAAGGUGGGAUGAGGGAGCAAGCAGCUGGAACGCGGUCCACUGGGAAUUCACCACCAAUGGCUCCUGGGCUGAUUUCAUUCACGGCGAGCAAGGUCGAUGAACUGGAGGAAAUCCAAGUGGAACGAGCAGCCAAUCCCAGACAGAUGCAUUUCAAACCUGGAACUGGUAGCUUGUUUCAUCAUUUUUACAAUAGCACCUUUUUACCACCAAUCAGGCUGAGCAGGAGAAAAAGGGGGAGGAGCAACAAUAAGAAAAAUGCAGCUGGUAUGUGAGCACGGCGCCUUUGCUUCUGUCCUCUUAGAAGCACUAAUCCCUCAAUCCCCUGCAGGCGAGGGCCAUAAAAAGCCUGAGAUGGGCCCUUCCUGUGAGACGGCACUGCCAGGAUUCCGGGUGAUACUCGUGUCUUUCCACAGUUUAUCCGUCCAGCCCACCGCUAAGCUCAGGCGUUACUGAUGCAUAAGAUGGCUCACUAACAGCACUAACGUAGAGCUUCAGAAGAAGCACCAACAGUAUUUUAUGAAAAGAGGCCAACUGAGGAGUUAUUGUUUUGCCCCUAACCCCUCAGGAAUGUGGACAGCUGCAGCACCACGCUGACAAAACCCUCACAUGGGUGCGAGUCCUCCCGGCGUCCCACACGUGGGUGAUAGAGAGCUGCUCGUGUGCUGCCACCGACUCUGUACUGUGCACGUUCUCAGACACAGCAGAUGGUACGGAUCAGUGUUACGUGUCAUUACUGUUUAUAUUUGUCGAAAAUGCUGUGACAGUCCUCCGCGUAACCAUGUGUUGCCAGAUAAAAUGUUUAUCAGCAUCAAUGUGUUCAACUUUAGAAGUUGGUUUGGUAAUAUUUGUACAGACGUUCUCUUAAAUAGCUUUAGAUUAUUGAAACUGACUUAAAUAAACCUGUGAGUCUGGCAUAAGGACAGUACUGAUGACCCAGAUUAUCCGUCCGCUUUUAGACUAAAGCCACGCAGCAGCUAAUAGACUACAGACAGACUACUGACAGUUGCACUUAACAUAUAAAAUUUUGGACUUUCAACUUUUAUUUAUUUAUUUUUUUUACUUUUUGUCUGCUCUGGUUUGUUUGGGGUCACCAGAGUGGAUCAUGGGGCUCAUUUCACCCAAUCUGGUAUGAAACUAAUAACUUUGGACCUUAAUCAUGCCUUCAUAUUCUGAUUUUAUUUUCACUGUACUUCAUAUAAUUCCUACGCUUUGGAAAAGUAAUGUAGCCUGAAAAAUGAAGUGAGUGAAUAGAUAAAAUUAAUUUCCUUCACUUUUUUUAAUCCAAUAAAUCAAAAACAAAUUCUGUCAUCUUGUACAUCAUCAGAUUUAUAAAUAAUGCAAACAGAUUUAUUAAAAAAGGUCAAUCCAAAAGGCGACAUUGUUUUGCCGACGUAAUAUUCAGUAGAUGUGUCUGCCACUUUGGAUGGAUUGUGGAGAAUUGAUGAUGGAUUUGGAGCAGGUGUGGUUGUCUGAGAGACAGACUGACUUCCUCAAAGAAAUUUACUAAGAGAAACAUUCCAAAACUUGAAGACAUAAUGCUGCUUCACAACCCUACAGAAAGAAUUUUAUAUGAAUUUAGCCCCAGAAGCGAGAGAGAGAGCAAGGGAGGGAGAUGGUCGAAUGAGGAAUGGGGCCAGUGAGGGAGCCUGUUUCUGCACAAACAUGUCAGGGAUAACUGUUAUGUUCUAAAAUUCAAAUAGUCACAUAUCCACACAAAUCUACAGAAAGGAUUUUGUAUGAAUGCAACCAAAACAGACACCUCUUCUGUGUCUCACGAUGUAUAGUUUUGAAGCAACAUAGCUAGAAAUAAUCUUAUUUGUCAGUUUCUUUAUUUUGUGUGAAUAACUAUCAUGUGUAGGUUUAUAUUGAGAUGAGAUGAGAUAUACUUUAUUGAUCUCACAAUGGAGAAAUUAUGUUUACACUCCAGUUACCUCAGACGGCAAUUAGUCCACAGUUGUUACUUGUUGUUACAGGCUGGACUGUGCAGGAGUGACAUUUUUUGGACUGCGUUUAAAAAAAUGUGACAUCUUGAAUGGAUGCUGUGAAUUGAAAACCCACACUUUAAAGGGACCAAGUGUGGGAGGGCUGGAGGGUUGGACCAAACCCAUGCCUAAAUGUGCACCAACAUCACGUUACAUGGCACUACAUUGAUCAUAUGUGGUUUGACGUGGAUCACAUGCGGUGACACGAGCCAUUCGAGGCCGGACGGGGCUGAAACGACAGGUCUGUUGUGGCUCACUAGAGGUACAUAGAGGCGCCUUAGUAGCGGAUACGUGACGGCUUAAAACGUGGAUCAUUCUUCAAAUAAUUGCUGACCAUGCAAGGCUCAUUAUUCAUGGCUUCUCGCAAGUCAUGAAUCAGCAAGUCCCAAGUCAGCUUGCAAACAACUGGUGGUCAUUAUGACUUGAGACUUGACUUGGGACUUGCUGAUUGAUGGGGACUUACUCCCACCUCUCCUCUCUUGUAGCUAAAGUAACCAUGUGGUAAAGGUAGACAAAAAUCACAACUCUGUAUAUUUUCAGUACAGUAGAAACAAGAAAGAACAUUACAGAUAUUUAGUCUAUGCACUUUAGGCUAGUGUGUGCCUGAGUAGUUUUUCCAGAUUGCUACAAAAUUUUUUUUGAAUUCUUGUGAAAUAUACAUUUAAAAUAUAAAUACGACUUAUACUCUGGUCCGGGGCGCCUUCCUAGGGAGGUGUUCCGGGCACGUCCAGCUGGCGGGAGACCCCCAGGAAAGACCUAGGACUAGGUGGAGAGAUUGUAUUUCCACACUGGCCUGGGAAUGCCUCGGGAUCCCCAGUCAGAGGUGGUUAAUGUGUCCCGGGAAAGGGAAGUUUGAGGUCCCCUGCUGGAGCUGUUGCCCCCAUGACUCAAACCCAGAUAAGCGGUUGAAGAUGUAUGUAUGUAUACUCAGGUACAAUUUAUACUCCCCCAUGGAGCAUUUCUUUUUUUGACCGAUGCAUCUUACAGUACAGAAAAUAUGGACAAACUCAUUUCAAUCUACGUUACUUCAAAACCAUUAUGUUGAGAGAAACAGAAAGAAGGAAGAAGUGCCUGCUUCAGCAACAUUCACACAAAAUGCCUUCCAUGGGAGUGUGUGGAGGUAUGACUUUUUUUCUAGCGUUAGAAUGAAACAGCACUUAAUCAGAAAGUAAUUUUUUUUUUUUUUUUACUUUUUAGUAUAUUUCUGGGCAAAGGUGGUCUCUCUUUCCCUCUCCCUUGCAGUAACACCUGCUCCUAAUCCAUCAUCAACCUAACAUCCACUAAUCAAAUGAAGACCAAAUAAAUAAAAAAUGCUCACCCUGCAGUAUGACAGAAAAAUAUUUACUGAGCAAAAAGAGCCAGCUGUGACUAAAAAAAAAAAAACAAACAUCAGGUGCACAAAGUGACAACUGCAGUGCAUCUUGCAUCUUGAGUACAGCAAAGCAUCAACAGUAAAUACAGCCAGCAAGACAACGGACGGUCCAACAGUCUGACUGAGAGCACAGCAAGGAGAAAAAUAACACCCCCACCACACUCUGCUCGUCUGCCUGCAGCCAUUUAUGUUUUGCAUCAAUGGUCAAAAUCAGACAUGUUUGUUAUAAGAAGAAGUGGGACAGUGAGGAAACAGUCAUUGACAGAUAAGGAACAUGAUCACAGUUUAGUCCGACUUCCACACACAGGAUCUGUCUGGAACAUGUCCAAAGAGAAAGUGGUGACUGAUUAUUUUAACAGAGCUCCAGACUCGGUGGACCUUCCUUCCCCAGCAGGAGAUGACAGUCAGAGACCCUGUCAGUCCACUCUAAUGACUCACAGUCUUGCGUAACUCCGUUCAUUUCCUGCCAGAGGUCCCCAGUGGGCUGUAAAACUUGUGCAGGGCUCCUCUCACACAAUUGCGCCUUUCACACCUGACCUUAUGUGCUCAUGCAUAAAUGCAGGAGUCGCCGUGUGCGAAGACAACUAAAGCAACACGCGCUGUGUGCCGAAUUUAAAGUGCAGAGCCAUUCAAAUGCAUUUUGAGACGGAGCAAAGGGAACACAAGAUGUGACGGCCUGGGCGGGGGUGUUUAAAAAAAACCCCAAAACAAUUUGUUCCAACCGGUUUCUGGCUGGGGUGUAAAUGUUCGGUACACAGCUGCAUCAGGUUUGUUCUGCACAUCAAAUAAAGAGUUGUGUGAUGAUGAUGUGUUACCGUCUGUGUGGUGAAUAUGAGAUCAAAAAAGCAGCAGCGUGAGGAAGGAAAGCGUGCAAACUGCCAAAGACAAAUAGGGAGUUUCCCAGGGUACACUGCAGUCAGAGUGCAAAUGUGGUGAGAAGGUCACAGAAGAGUAACUGAUGUGUGAUCAAUUAUUUCGACUUCUACAGUUCACACAGUGCAGCGUCCUGUGGAGCGAUGCAAAUCGACCAGCAGGACGCAGACGGUGAAAAAUGUCAACUGGCAAACGUUUGUGCAGCGAGCGCUCAGAUACCGCAGCACAACACCAGAGCAAUACGUUCAGCUUCACACCAUCUGCCCCCGUAAGAAAGACUUUCUUCAGCCGAUAGCAGCUGCUGUCAACACAAAUGUACAACAUGAUGAAACACGACACCAAACCACAGGAGGGGUCACGUGUUCCACGCUCUGGAAGGUCACAAAGCAGCAAAACAACACUUGUUCCCAUUUGGUGCCAGUUAGAGCAUUUUCAGCAAAAUGAGUGUUCAAGUCUCCUGCCAUCAAAGAUGAAGAACGUGUGAUUAGGAUUUAUUGUAUCUGGCGUGACGACGCUGUGCACGUCAGCUUUACGAUCAUCCCAAAGACCUCCAAAAAUGUUUUACACUGCCUGAACAAGUCUGCUAAUAGCCGAGUUCUUGGUUUGACAUCCACUGGUGUUGCUGUGGUAAUGAAAACAAAUUUAGACAAAUAAGCCCAAAUCUUGUUUUAAUAAAUAAUGACAAAAAAAGGUUGUGACUAAACAGUCGAUUUAAUCCAGUAGCUAACUAUGCAUCCUAUAUGCCCAGCAAUGUUUGUACUGCUCAUCCCAGAUCCUUUGCCAAUUUCCACAAACCUGUAUACGUCAACUCCAUAAUUGUCCUUAAAAGACUUGUUUCAAAAGUCAAAGUGGGUUUUGGAAUUUCCCAGGCAAGAUCCAAUUCACCAAAGGUCAAUCAUUAAGGUCAAAAGCAUGUCUCCCUUUUUCUGACGACUCCCAACGGGUCAUUUUACUGAUUUCUGUCAAACUUUGUACGUCACUGACAGUUGAAGGUUGACUUCAGAAUUGCCCUUAAAGAAUUCACUUUCUGCGACAGACGGACAUCCUGUCUCGUGUCUCACACCCUACAACUGCUGUGUUAGGCUCUUCCCUGUGUGACCCUUGACUGAAGUAAGUGGGUAUAGAAAAUGAAUGAAUUCACUUUGGUGAAGGUCAAGGAACCUGAUUUUUCUACCUAUUUUUGGACAAAAGUGACAUACACAAGAGCUCAUUCACCUGGGUGAAAGUCAAGGUCAUUGGGGUCAAAUGUCAGAUUGCUGUAACCCUUGAUGUGUUCAUGCCCUUACCUAGUGUUAACGACCAUAUUUCCUCCAAUCCAUGGAUUGACUGGUGUAGUGUUUUUGUGCACUCAACUCUGAAUUUUACAAUGGCUAUUGUCACAGAUUAUUGGUUUAACCGUACGGUCAGAUUAGCUACAAAUGAGUGCAACAAGCAGUUGGUGUUUGUUGUUUGAUAGGUGUCCCUGCUGUUAUGACAGAUGAUAAAGUAUGAGGACACCAGACAGUCGAUUUUCCUCCAUGCUUGACGGAAAUCACCUCAGAGGUAUUAUCGGAUUACAAAAAUAGGGUUUUUAAUCCUUAAGUGUCUUUAUUUCUUGCUAACGUUUUCAAAAUAAAAUAGGAAAAACGCCAGUUAUAAACAGUUCAGAUGUGUAGUAGUGUAUUGUGCCAUCAUUUUGUUUGUGCAACAAACCAUCAUAUGUCACGCUGUAGUCACACUGCCUUCACUCGGACUGGCAGUUGCCGUGUCACAGCACUUAGCAUUUGCAUGAAGUCUGUUUCAUCUAUUUUGGCCUCGCCUAGUUGGUGGCAUAGCAACCACUUGUGUCUCAUUGCUGGGAUCUUGUUUGCACUUGUGUACUGGGCAAAUUUGCUUUUUCCACUUUUGCACAAACACAUACGUACUGUUGUGACAACCAUCCAUUGAACCUGGCAUGCUGCUUUAACAUGACUUAAAAAAAAAAAGAAGCUAAUUUAACUUUCAGGGCAAGAUGAAAAUAGAUCACACAGUCUAGUAAACCCCCCAUUAUGCAGGGACCGAGUCCUUUCCGCAUCCCUUGUGCGAGCAUGAAAUUGGGAUGAAUGCCUCAGUACGCCGUAGAAAUGCUCAGCACAUGCCAGGACCUUACAAAGCUCACUCUGUAGUCACGCACUACAAGCGAUGAUCUCCGUGAAGUAUGGAGCGGCACCUGACAAACAGUCUCCAAGGAUGGAGGACGAUCAAAUACAACACAGGCCACGCCAUGACCGCCCAACGGGCGCUGAGUGACCGGCGCUGUGUGCUGUGAUUUCAUAAAGCACUGUUAAAAUGCAAAAUGUGCUCGUCAGCUGAUGUUCAGAGACUUCAUCAGAAAGUUUUGUGUGUGUAUAAAAAAAAGAAGGAAAAAUAAAGAGGAGGUUACGUGGAGAGCUUCAUCUCCUUUUCGGACAUGCAGCUUUGCUGUCAGUGAAAGCACACGUCACGUCAGACGUGUUGGAUUUGCAGCUGCUGCUAUAAUCUGCACCCUGAUAAUGGUUGAUAGCAACGUGUAGCAUCAGCUAACUAUUCCUGUCACCAUGACAGACAAAAAAUUAUAUUAAUCAUUAAACAUUUCUGUACAGUUUGCAUUUUGUGUGCGUGUGUGCAUGUGGGUUUCCCCCUGCUGCCAUGCGUGUGACCUGCAAGAAAACACCUCGCAUGGGAUGUUUUAAAAUAUAAAUCGGUAUACUAAGUUCAUUGUGGGUUUGAGCUUUGGCUUCUUCCAUGAUUUGUAUAAUCGAGUUUUUAAUCACAGCGCUCCAUGUGGAGCUCCGGUUGAAAAAGAACAAAGUGAGAUUUCUGAACUAGACAACAGUCACGUGACUUUUUUCAGUUCCUGCAAUGGUUUUUAAAGAUCUGGUUUUAUUUUUCGUGGCUGUGAGUUGUUUUCCAGCCAUAAAAAGUCCAGUGAAAGGUGUUAAUAAUCCGAUGAUGUCAUCCCCGAUUUAGCUCACGCUGCCCGAUGAAUGACAGAGAAACGUAUACACAUGCACCCAGAAGAUAAAUCCAAACUGAAUUUUGUGGAAAAUUAAGCAAUUUAAUACCCCUUACCAAAAAAUAGUACUGAUAAGUAUAUAAAAAGUAAACUGGAAGUAUACUUGAAACAUACUUGUAUGUACUACUUUUUGGUAAGGGACCCCCCACCACCCCCACGUCCUCGUGCACAAACUGAGGAAAUAUGACAUCAUGUUUUUAGACCACAGUAAACUCUGCUCCGAACCAGCAUAUAUAUCUACAAAUCAGGAAAUCCGUGGAAAUGGAACAUCAUCUGUAGCACCCCAACUCCACUCGAGACAACAAAGACACGCAAGGGACGCUGAAGCAGUAACACACCAUCCUUUCUGUAUCUGGGCAAAGAUUCAGAAACACACAACAGACUUACCCAUGAACCUUUCACGGGAAUAUUUGACAUUGUCAUAGCGCAUGCAUGUGGACAACAAAGGCUUCUUGAUAAGCACUUGAUUUUUAUCGACUCCUCUUUCGUCACAGUUUGAACUCAAUAUAUUACAUGUUUUGUGUGGUUAUGCAUUCCAACAUUCAAGGUCUGUAACCCACUUCAAAGAAGGAAAAAA